ACCAUACUAUCAUUGACCCUUCUAAAGCCUCUCCCACUUAUUCUCUUUAUAGUCUCAUUCCCAUAUCCCCCAUAGGCGCCCAUUCUAAGGUACUUAAUGUACACUGUUUUAUAUUUAAUACAGGUUUUAUUUUUUGUACAAAUAUAUUUAGUAUAUAUUUUUAUUUAGCAUGGUGAACAACUAUGUAUCACAAGUUUAUACUUAAUUAUCACAAAGUUAGCACCCUUCUUACAACCACCACCCUAAUCAUAAAAUAGGACCUUACAGCAGUGCUGAAUCCCUCUUGGACCCCUGACAAUCAUGUUUCCCUUCUUGCUUCACAAAUGAAUCCUAUUUCUUGACUUCACAAGUUACUUUUGUCUGUUUUUGAACUUUAUGUAAAUGAAACAGUUCAAGAUGUAUUCUGUAGUGUCUGACUUCUUGUACUGAAAAUUAUCUUUUUUGAGAUUUAUCCAUAUUGUUGCCCACAAUACAAAUUUAUUCACAAUCAUUGCUUUAUUGUAUUUUACUUUAUUAAUACACCAUAAUAUGUUUCCAUUCUACCAUUAAUGGGCAGUUUUCAUAUUGGACACUAUAAAUAAUGCUGUUAUGGCCAUUGUCUACAUGUCCUUUUCUAUGCAUCUAUUUUGUAGGGGGCAGGGGAAAUAUGAGUAGAAUUACCAGAUCAUGAUUUGGUUAUGCUCAACUUUAAUAGUUAUGCCAAAGUGUGUUAUUACAUUGUAAGAACUAUUUAUUUUCCUACCAGCAGUGCGUAGGAGUUUCAGUGGUACCAUAUUACCCCUGAAAAACUAUAUAUGUGUCUUUUUCAUUUUAGCCAUUGUAGUGAUUGUUUAAUGAGAUUUUUCCUUGUCCCACAUGCUGUGAGUCAGAAGGGGGUUCACAACCUUUUUGGCACUGGGCACCAGCUUCUUGAAAGACAGUUUUCCCGCAGAUUGGGAACUGUUCCUCUCCGCAAGAAGAUGGCAGCUGUAGAGGUUGCAGAGGGAAUGUUAAAGACAGACCUUACCCUCAGAGAUGGCAUGGAAGAAGGAGGAGAAUCUGGUAAAGGUCUCCAAAGAAAAUGUCUACGAAUUAAAUCUCCUAUAACUGACAUCAAGCUUUAUUGUUGCUAUUUCAUCAUUGCAGUCCUAACUAUAAGUGUGGUUGCACUUUCUGUUGUUUUGUCAGUGAGAGAGGAAAAGGUGCCGUUAGAGCACUCUGUGUAUGCUGCCUGCCCGGAAAGCUGGAUUGGAUUUGGAAGUAAAUGUUUUUACUUUUCUGAAGACACGAGAAAUUGGACAUUCAGUCAAACUUUCUGUACCUCGUUAGAAGCCCACCUUGCUCAGUUUCAAACUCCGGAAGAACUGGAUUUCCUGAAAAGAUACAAAGGCCCUUCUGACCAUUGGAUUGGACUUUACAGAAAAUCAGCACGUCAAAGUUGGAAAUGGACAGACAACACUGAAUACAACACCUCGUUUGCCAUCAGAGGAGUUGGAGAAUGUGCCUAUCUGAAUGACAAUGGAAUCAGUAGUGCCAGGAACUACACAGAUAGGAAGUGGAUUUGUAGCAAGCCAAACAGUUAUGUCUAUGGAUGCCAAAUGAGAAGCCCUAUAAAGUAUGGUCCAUGAGGAUGCAUUGUGAUUUGUUAUAUACAGUUGCUGCUUAUUUUUUGGUCUAUCAAAAAUGUUAUCAAUUUGCAUUCAUAAUUUCUGUUCAUAGCAAAGAUGCAAACUAUCAUAGAGUCAUAUAAUACAUACUGGUAUAAUACCAGCAUUUGGAAGAUUAUGUUUCUAAAUUAAAUAGAUAUUUGGAUAUGAGUUGAUGGUUAUAUUUU